UUUUUUUCCACUGUGCAUUUCAAACCCAAAAAUCCCUCACUUGUGUCUCAAUCAGAAAGUGAUUGGCCACAAAAGAAGGACUUUACUUCUACACUCACUUUGUAUAUUUUUUUUUUCUUUUCUGCUUCAUUCACAUUCUUCAAUUUCAUUCUCUUCUGUUCCUUUCAUGGCGAUCUUGAUUCACGUGCCACCUUUGUUGUUGUUUUUGUUUAUGUUGUUGUUACUUGGUUUUUUCAAUUGGUUUCUACUUUUGGGUCAUACCUUUGCUUGACCCUGCUUCUCUGUUCUUGUUUUUCUUCUUCUGCUUUUCUUCAGCUUAAAUCUUAUAUUCAAUAAAACAAAGUUAACAAAAGCCCUUUUUGCAAACAAGGGUCCUUACUUUUAUUUUCUUGUGGUGGGGUUGUUUGUUUCUUCAUGAUUUUGUAACUAUUCACAUGGAUCCCAUGUUGUUGGUUUUUUAAGGUAAUGUUUGAUUUUUGAAAUUAGUGUUUUUUGUUGCUGUUGGGAUGGAGUGCAUUGGAAAGUGGGAGAGAGGAAUGAGUGAAUGCAAUAAUGGGUUUGAGGAAAUUGAGGAUGGGGACUAUGAGUUAGGGUUCAAUGUGUCUGUGUGAUUGCCAAAAAUUGUGUAUUUAAAAAGAAGAGAAACAAAAAAGGGGUAAAGCUUGUUAUGAAGCUUUCAACAUCAGGAAUGAGUCAGCAGGGAAAUGAAGGAGGGGAGAAGAAGUGUUUGAAUUCUGAGCUAUGGCAUGCAUGUGCGGGUCCCUUGGUUUCCCUACCAACUGCAGGGACUCGUGUGGUUUACUUCCCUCAGGGUCAUAGUGAGCAGGUUUCUGCCACAACUAACCGAGAAAUUGAUGGUCAAAUACCGAAUUACCCGAGCUUGCCACCGCAGUUGAUAUGCCAACUUCAUAAUGUUACAAUGCAUGCAGAUGUUGAAACAGAUGAAGUGUAUGCUCAAAUGACGUUACAGCCGCUGACUCCGCAAGAGCAGAAAGAUACGUUUCUUCCUAUGGAAUUGGGGAUUCCAAGUAAGCAGCCUUCAAAUUAUUUUUGCAAGACAUUGACUGCGAGUGAUACCAGCACACAUGGAGGGUUCUCUGUUCCUCGUCGUGCAGCUGAGAAAGUUUUUCCUCCAUUGGAUUUCACACAGCAACCUCCUGCACAAGAACUAAUUGCUAGGGAUCUCCAUGAUGUUGAGUGGAAGUUUCGACAUAUUUUUCGAGGACAGCCAAAACGGCACCUUCUUACCACAGGCUGGAGUGUAUUUGUUAGUGCCAAAAGACUUGUAGCUGGAGAUUCUGUGCUUUUCAUUUGGAAUGAAAAAAAUCAGCUUCUUUUGGGGAUACGUCGUGCGAGUCGGCCGCAAACUGUUAUGCCGUCGUCAGUUCUUUCCAGUGAUAGUAUGCACAUUGGUCUUCUUGCAGCUGCAGCCCAUGCUUCCGCAACUAAUAGCUGUUUUACGGUGUUCUUUAAUCCAAGGGCUAGUCCUUCCGAGUUUGUCAUACAACUUUCAAAAUAUAUCAAAGCUGUGUACCAUACACGUGUUUCUGUUGGUAUGCGUUUUAGGAUGCUUUUUGAGACCGAAGAAUCUAGUGUGCGCAGGUACAUGGGUACUAUAACUAGCAUAAGUGACAUGGAUCCUGUUCGGUGGCAGAAUUCUCAUUGGAGGUCUGUCAAGGUCGGUUGGGAUGAAUCCACAGCUGGAGAGAGACAGCCUCGAGUCUCAUUAUGGGAAAUUGAGCCUUUAACUACAUUUCCGAUGUACCCAUCGCUAUUUCCCCUUAGAUUGAAACGACCAUGGCAUCCCGGCACUUCUUCUUUUCUUGAUGGCAGAGACGAAGCAACAAAUGGACUAAUGUGGCUGCGAGGCGGUCCCGGAGACCAUGGUCUUAAUUCCAUGAACUUUCAAGGUGCUGGUUUGAUGCCCUGGAUGCAGCAAAGACUUGAUCCCGCUUUACUUGGAAAUGAUCAUAAUCAGCAAUAUCAAGCCAUGUUAGCUGCUGGUGGUGGUUUGCAGAAUCAAGGCAAUGCUACUGAUCUGUUAAGGCAACAGAUGAUGAGUUUUCAACAACCUUUCAAUUAUCUUCAACAAUCAGGAAACCUCAGUCCUUUGCAACUUCAGCAACAGCAAACAAUUCAACAAUUCGCAUCGACAAAUAAUAUCAUGCAACCACAAAGCCAAGUAUUGGCAGAGAACCUGUCUCAGCACAUCCUUCAGAAACCACACAACAAUCGAGAAAACCAGACACAGCAACCGCAACAGCAACAAACUUAUCAAGAUACACUUUUAAUUCAAGGUGAUCCACUUCAUCAGAAGCAACACGCUAGUUUGCCUUCACCGUCAUAUUCGAAACCGGAUUUCUUAGAUUCAGGCAUGAAGUUUGCUGCUUCGGUUUCGCCGGGUCAAAACAUGCUUGGUUCACUUUGUUCUGAAGGGAGUGGCAAUCUCUUGAAUUUAUCAAGUGGUCAUUCUGUGCUGACUGAACAGUUACCUCAACAAACAUGGGCCUCAAAGUAUUCGCCUUCGCAGGUCGAUGGCAUUGGUAACUCAAUGUCGCACGUGCAGUAUUCUGGAAGAGAUACAUCACUCGCACCACCACAUUGCAACUCAGAUGCCCAAAAUUCUGUUCUGUUUGGGGUCAAUAUCGAUUCGUCUGGUCUUCUGCUCCCUACCACUGUUCCUCGUUAUACUUCUGCGUCAGCUGAUGCCGAUACAUCGACAAUGCCAUUAGGAGAGUCUGGUUUCCAGGGUUCUCCAUAUCAUUGCAUGCAGGAUUCAUCAGAGCUGUUGCAAAGUGUGGGGCAAAUUGAUGCUCAAAACCAGAUGCCGACAUUUGUGAAGGUAUACAAAUCAGGUUCAGUAGGGCGCUCCCUUGACAUUUCGCGGUUCAGCAGCUAUCACGAACUGCGGGAGGAGUUGGCUCAGAUGUUUGGAAUCGAGGGGAAAUUUGAAGAUCCUCUUAGAUCAGGCUGGCAGCUUGUAUUUGUCGACAGGGAGAACGAUGUUCUUCUCCUUGGAGACGAUCCGUGGGAAUCAUUUGUCAAUAAUGUUUGGUACAUCAAAAUACUUUCUCCUGAAGAUAUUCAGAAAAUGGGAGAACAAGCCAUAGAAUCCCUUGGUCCAAGUUCUGGACAAGGACAAAGGCUGAAUAACACUGGUGCAGAAUCUCAUGACAUUGUUUCUGGACUACCAUCAUUAGGCUCACUUGAAUACUGAGAUAAUAUCAUAAUGUAUCGUCGCAUCAGAUUCCACGGUCUCCACAAUUACUACUACGACUACAUGUUUUUACUUUUGUUUGAACGUUACCUAUCAACCUUGCAUAUUUGAAUAUAUUUUAUGGAUUGUCUAUUCCACUUUUACCAUUAUUAUUUGUUCCAAGAUUGUUGAAUGAAAUUAUUGAAAAAGAUGAGAAACUUAGGACAAACUUUUGUGACAAUUUGUAAACUUAUGUACUUAAAGCAGAAACACAGUGUUACUGCCAUUGUAGCAUUUGAUUAA